ACACAAGUUUGAUAAUACAAGGAUUAGGUAACUUAAGACUUUAGUGAAGACUUUAGAAAAAUGUAAAACGACUCUAUACUGGAUGGGAUUGUGAAAGGAUUGAAUUCACUACAUCACUGGAAAAGACAUCUGGUCUAUCUUCAAUUGGACCUAACUGAACAUGGGAGCUCUCUUUGAUUACUAUGGACCAUCUACUAGAUGCACAGCUUGCGUUGCAGUCGUCCAAAAUAAUCAACUUCUCGUGGCAAAUGCUGGAGAUUCACGUUGUGUUCUCUCUAGGAGGGGUCAAGUGAGGUUUUUCUUUUACUUUCCAAGGAGUAAUAUUACGUUUUGUUCUUUGGAACUAGUUAUUUCUUUCAAAUGAAAUAGUAGUUAAAUGAAUGGUUUUAAUAUCCAAAAAAUGGGAUGUUGAAUUCUCUGGAGGAGGUAAGCACCCGAGACCUUGGUUUAGAGUAGUAGAGAUAUUAAACUGGAGAUGACAGAAUUAGAAUGAGUUUGUAAUUUUUAAUUGUAUAAGUAAUAACUAUCGGAAUAUAAUUAAAUUAUACAAUAGAUGUAUAUCAUUAUGUGCAAUCUUCUUUUAGGGGAAGACAAUGGUGGAUUAGGGAGGGUUCUAUCUCGUUCUGGUAUGCUCAUUGGUUAGAUGACGGCCCUUUGUCACGGGACGCAUCACAUAUUGAUCAACCAACUCUUAGAAUCAAAGAUAUUUGCUUGGAUAGUGGUUGGAAUAUGAAUCAAUUACUGCAACUUGUAGGGGAAGACAAAGCUGCUAGUGUUAUGGCUAAGGUGAGUAAAUGUAGAGAGGGGGAUGAUGUUCUUAUUUGGAAACCGAAUAGUCAAGGAACAUUCUUUUCCAAGAGUGCAUGGGACAUGAUUAGAGUUUGGCAGCCCCAAACUUGUUGGGGUAGAUGGGUAUGGCAUUCUACACUCCUAAAAAAAAUGUCAGUGAUAAUGUGGAAGGCUUUUUCUAAAGCUUUAAGUGUUGAUAGUAGAGUUCGGCAAAUGGGUGUAGCCUUAGCUUCUCGUUGUGAUUGCUGCCUUACUGGAAAUGAAGAAACACCCAACCAUGUUCUUAGUACAGGUGAGGUGGCAAACGAAGUUUGGAGGAAAGUUUCAGUGGCUUUGGGUAUUCGGUGGAGAUCUAAACAAAACUGGUAUGAUAGAGUAAAUUCAUGGUGGGCCAUUGCAGGUAAAAAAUCACAAGUUGGGUACUUACAAGGGUUACUUCCAACUAUACUGACGCGGAGGCUAUGGAUGAGACGUUGCAAAGCGAGAAUGGAAGGUGUUCAUGAAACUGUGGAGCAGAUUUUUCGUUCGAUAAAAUUCUGGCUGCAACAUGUGUCAUCCAAUUUGAAAAAUGUCAAAAUAUGAUGAACACGCCCAGUUACUAUUUAUUUCAAUUUGAUAGUAGCAGCAUGUGGCACCAUAGUUGUAGUUGAUUAACUAAACAAAACAUUUCAUAGAGUCAGACAAUGUCUCUAUUUAUCUCUUUUA